AUGGAGAUUUCACAACAGGCAGUGACAAGGAUUGAGAACGAUCCAGUUGCAUACUUCAACGAAAUACCACAUGACAUCGUGUUCAGCCUUUUUAAGGAUCCAUGCUCCCAACAGAAUCAAGAACAUGGAAUCUAUUUUGCCAUUGAUGCUCUAUAUUUGUUCAUUGUUGAGAACUUUACAGGACCAUCAAUCAAAGAUAAGCUUGAUGAGCAACUUUUGAGCAAAAUCAGUUCAUAUUUGCCUGCUGAUUAUAUUGAUGACAUCAAUGUCGAUGGCGAAAUGAUAUCAACACAAGCUAAACUCAUAGAACUCAUUUGGAUUGCUUACAAAUUUACACAGAAAUUCGAUGCACCAAAAAUUUGGAUUGCUCGUGCAGCGAUGAUUCUUCAACGUUGCUUACCAAAUCCAACACCAAUUCUUAAAUAUCUUGUUUUACCAAAUGCUUCAGGCAUUGAACUCCCAAUAGCACACCGUUUGUUCCAUAACUAUCAAAAAUUCUUCGAAGAGCUUGACAAGUACAGAGAAACGAUCAAAUUCGAGUUCAAACUUACAGGUAAGCUCGGUAAGAAGACAAAAUUCCAACAAGAAUCCAAAUCACAAUUCAUUCUUGAAGUUCAGAGCUGCCAAUCGAUCAGAGAUGAUUCUGUUAAGGCUCAAGGUAACAGUAUAACAUCAAUGACACGCUACAAACGUGAAGUUGCCCUUGAAGAAGAUGCAAAUUUAUUAGAUCGACCAAACAUGGAUGAAGAGUUCUCAAUUCCAUCAUUGACAACAGAAGAGAUGGCAUUCCUUAUCCAAGAAGCCCGCGCAAUCACAGAACGCAAUCUUGGUGAUGAAAUUCGUGAUGAAAAAGCCAUGCCAAUUUUAACAACAAUUUUGCAACUCGAACCAAAGUAUUCCUUCGCAACAGCAGCCUUAUUCGAUAAGAGCAGGCUCGAGCAGCACGAACACUCCCUCCAACCACGUGCAGCUCUCCAGUUGCAGUCUAUCAUCGAUGAUUUUGCAAAAGACGAAGUUUCUGUUUCCGAUCGUCUUUCUGAAUUUUUCAUGCUCGAACAUCCACCUUUGUGGGAAGUUAAGCGUGAAAUGGGUCUCCAAAUGAUGAAUAUCGGUGCUGCCAGAACAGCUGCUCAGAUCUUUAUCGAUAACAAGAUGUGGGAUGAACUCGCAAUUUGCUGUGUAAUUGCCAAAGACAAUGACAUGGGUAUUGAUGUCCUCAAGAACGAGAAACCAACACCACAAGUACUUACAAUUCUCGGUGAAUUGAAGAAGGACAAAUCAUUACUUGAAGAAGCAUGGAAACUUUCAAGACAACACUAUUCAAGAGCACAAAGAUCUCUUGCUGAUUUCUAUCUCGCAGACAAAGAUUAUCAAAAGGCUGCAGAACAUUAUGAAAUCGCUUUGAAGAUCAAUCCAUUGUUCCCUCAAUGUUGGCAUUCUCUUGGCUGCUGUUUCAUGAGAUUAGAAAACUUUGAGAAAGCAAUUUCUUCUUUCCAAGAAGUUAUUUCUCAAAAAGGUGAUGAUUCCGAGUGUUUCUCGAACUUGGCAAUUUGUUUCUCAACAAUUGGAAAGAAUGAUGAAGCUCACAAGGCAAUUACACAAGCUGUAAGAUUCCAGAGAGAAAACAUCAAGAUCUGGGAAAACUUCAUCGUUAUUUCUAUCAAUGCUGGAAAAGUUAAUGACGCAAUCACAGGAAUUGAAGAAGUUUCGAGAGUUGAAAGGAAAUGGUGCAAUACUCCUUUGAUUUACGAAGUAAUCAACUUCGUUUUGAAAGAGAAAGGAGACAUGAAAAGAGUAAUCAACGCCAUGGAAAAGAUUUCUCAAAAUGCUGAUUGCGGAUUCGAUUUCUGGACAAUUUACGCUGAUAUCGCUGCUGCAAUGGAAGAUUUCAAAUCAGAACUUGAAAUGAGAGCUAAUGUUAUCAAAGCUCUUGAAGGCGAUGAGAAGAUUAUGGAUGAAACUGUGUUCAACAGAUUGUCAAAGGCAGUCGAGAAAUAUGUUGCUGCUGCUACAAGAAAAGAAAAUGGAAAGGAAAAGACUGCAAUUACAAGACUUAAAGUAAUUCUCAGAAAAUACGAAGAUAACUUCGCUACCCUUGAAUCAUAUAAGAAAUUAGAACAAUUGUUGGAAGACUUGCAAUCAAAUAUAUAA